CAAAAAAUACAGCAUCCCAAACCAGCCUUGAGAAGUUAAAACACAUAUCCAACUUUUCUUUCUCCAAAUUAUCCCAAAACCCAUCCAAAUCAGAUCAACAGUACUACACAUCCUAAAAGUGCUUUCAUAUAUGAUGAAAAACUGAAAUCAGAGAGAGAGAGAGAGGUAAAGGCUUUGGUUCUUCUCUUCCUUGGAAUUGUUUCACUCAGAAAUUGAAGAAUGCAGACUUCCCUCAAGCUAGCAUCUUUCACUAUUUCUACAUAUUAUCUUCUUCUUCUUCUUCUACCAUUAGUUAGUUGCUCAUUGCAUGCAGAUGUCAACCAACACAGCAGUCACGAGAACAUAAAAGAAAAUAUUCACAAGAUGAGUCCCCGGAUGACGUUUAACGUUACAGUUCAUGGGCUCCUCUCAUGGUUUUCAAUGGGGUUUUUGAUGCCCCUUGGAAUACUUGUAAUUAGAAUGUCUGCUAGAGAGGAACGUGGGGCAACAAGAGCCAAAGUUCUCUUCUAUCUCCAUAUUGUUUUGCAGGUGCUGUCGGUGCUUCUUGCCACCGCUGGUGCUGCGAUGUCCCUAAGAAACUUUGAGAACUCCUUCAACAACAACCACCAAAGAUUAGGUCUAGCACUGUAUGCUGCCAUAUGGAUACAAACCCUAAUAGGAUUUUUCAGGCCUCGCAGGGGCAAGAAAGAAAGAAGUGUAUGGUACUUGGCACAUUGGAUGCUUGGGACAGUGAUAUCCUUGGUAGGGAUAAUCAACAUCUACACUGGAUUAGAAGCCUACCAUAAGAGAACACAGAGAAGCUCAGGGCUUUGGACUGUUCUUUUCACAGCUGAGGUUUCCUUCAUUGCUGCGUAUUAUCUCUUCCAAGACAAAAGAGAUUAUAUACAAAAACAAGGAGUGCUUUUAGGCACAACCAGGCAGCAACAGCAAGAAGAUGAAGAAAUUGCUCAAAGGCAGCACCAAAAUCAAAAGGAGAUGUUGCCAGCUCAGCAGCCUAGUGGCAAAGUCAAUGCACUCAAGAACUUGUUUGACUAAAACAACAUGGGUUUUGCUUUUUAUUUUUGGCUUUUGUUUGUGUGUGCUCAUUUGUUUUUAAUUUUUUUUUUUUAUGCAUGUACUGUAUGCAAUUGUGGGUGAUUUUAACGGCAGAGACAGCGAUGGAGUGCAUGCAUUAAAAAGUGGAUGAUGGAGAGGGUACUCAAUAGUUGUAUAGUGCUUUGUAUCAGAAUGUCAAAUACAUAUAAUUUGGUUGCA